CUCCCGUACUCCAUCAUCCCCUCACUGAUUACUGAAUUCCAUUCUACCUCAACUACUUCUCACUUCUUUUUGGUCGCCACCAAUUGCCACUAACAUGCACUCCUUUCCCCUAGUCACUCUUUUACUUACACCACUCCUCGCGGUCCCCACGUACGCUGUCCUCACCCCCAACCAAAUUACGCACUUCAUCACCUUCGGGGACUCGUACACCGAUGUCUUUCUCGCCGGUGACGGCGGCCGCUCGUGGCCGCUCUACGUGCUUGACUACGUGAACGCCGUGCGCGGGACGAACGGCAGCGUCGUCGGCAAUCAGGCGUACGCGGACGCUGUCGCAGAGUAUCUGGCUGGUCAAAGUGGCGCUGGCAGCGACUCCGGCAACGGGACUGCUACUAGCAACGGUACCGCUACCAGCAACAGCACCGUCGCCUCGCGCGCCACCAUCGCCAUACACGCAGAGGUCGAUCUCGGUUCUGCCAAUGCCUCCCUCACCCUUCACCCUUACGCCAUGUCCGGCGGGAUCUGCUCGCACACGCUCAACAACCUUCCCUGGCCGUCCGUCUUCGAGGAGGAGCUGCCUGCUUUUUAUAACGAUUCUUCCAAUGGCACUCUCGAUGGCUCUGCCCCCGGCGUCCUCGGUGAUAUCACUCCGGAUAACACGCUCUACAGCAUCUGGUUGGGGACGAACGACGUUGGGGCGGGUGCGCUCCUCACCGGUGAGGCGCCCGAGGGCGUGACGGUGGUCGACACGGUGGCCUGCACGGUCAACUGGGUGAAGACCUUGUAUGACAAGGGCGCGAGGAAUUUCCUGUUCCAGAAUAUGAACCCUCUCGAGAAGACGCCCAUGUACUCACGCAACGGGAAGCCCACGGGCACCUGGACCGCCUCCAAGAACGCUACCGAAUGGAACAUCAUGAUCCACGAGCUCACCACCGCCGGCAACAAGCUCGCUGAGCUCAUGCUCCAGCAGCUCGUCCCUACCCUCGACGGCGCGCACGUCGCGCUCUUUGACUCGCAUUCCCUCUUCAACGACAUGAUUGCGAACCCGGAGCAGUAUCUCAACGGAACGGCGACGGUGAACGUUACCACGGCAAUCCGGACCUGCGAUUGGCAGGAGAACGAGGACCCGACGGAUACGGUGCCCUGCACGGUGGUCAAUGGCACGGAUAGGGAUAGUUAUAUGUGGCAGGAUGAACUGCAUCCCAGCGAGCAGGCGGACCGUAUCGUCGCCCAACAGAUCGCCCAAGUAGUUCAGGGCGAGGAUAACAAGUACACGACAUGGCUCAGUUGAAGAAAACAGAUCGUCUUGACGCACUCCUACGUCGUGGACUUCUCUCUCCACAUCUUGAUAGCUGGUCGAUGUCUAUGUUCAGACCGGGCUGUACCUGCAUCGCAUUCUAUAGCCAAAGAUUCAUGCUGUGAGGCUGAACGUUGAACCUUGAA